UUGAGGAGUUCCUUCAGCAAGGCAUUCUCCCGUAAAAAAGGCAAGACGGGCUCCCUGUCUGACGUGGAGCCAGACUCCCACAGUCUCAGGUCCAACGCCUCGGCUCCGAACUCCCCCCUCAUGCAGCUGGGACACAUGGGCGCGCCCUCUAUGAAGGGGUCCCACUCCUCUGGGGCCUUGUGUGAUAAUGACGUGAACGCCCUGAAGCAAGCGCUGCGGGACAAGGACAUGAAGCUCACAGACAUCAGACUGGAGGCUCUUAGCUCCGCCCACCAGCUUGAGCAGUUGAGAGAGACCAUGACCAAGAUGAAGAAUGAAAUGAGUGCCUUGAAAGCUGACAAUGACCGGCUGCAGAGAAUGAUGUCCACCUCGUCGUCUUCGCGAACUUUGAACCUGUCCCAUGGGUCAAUGUCCCCCCACCCCACACGGACGAGUACGGACUCGCUUGACCGGUCGUUCAGCAUGACUGACCACAGCAGUCUUGAUAUGUUGCUAGCUGAGACAGCCGCCAACGACAGAGAUGGCAAACGAGUCACUGUCUCAGUGGUUUUGGGUUCAAAUCCCGACCCAACCCGCUCAGGCUUAGAUAAGCCCGGAGAAGUCCUCAUCGGGACCAUGUCGGUCAGCGGCAAGACAAAGUGGGACAUUCUCGACAAUGUGAUACGCAAGAUAUUUAAGGAGCACGUUCUCCGUGUUGACCCUGUGACCAACCUGGGCCUCAGUGCCGAGAGCGUCUACUCCUACGUGGUAGGGGAGGUAAGCCGGACCAAGGACUCGGAGCUGCCGGAGUUACUUCCCAUUGGCUACCUGGUUGGGGACACCACCCAGGUGGAAAUCUGCCUCAAAGGUACCAAACAGUCGUGUGUGGAUUCCCUGGCAUUUGAGACGAUGAUCCCGAAGACGAUCGUCCAACGCUACGUGUCUCUCCUGUUGGAGCAUCGCCGGAUCAUCCUUUGUGGCCCAAGUGGCACGGGGAAGACAUACCUGGCACAGAAACUGGCCGAGCAUGUCGUGUUGAGGUCUGGGCGGGAGUUGACCGCUGGAUCAGUGGCGACCUUCAACGUUGACCACAAGUCGGCCAAAGAGCUGCGUCAAUACCUGGCCAACAUCGCUGACCAGUGCGAGAACACAAAUGUCCACGCCCUCCCCUCGGCCAUUAUUCUGGACAAUCUCCACCACGUCAACUCACUGGCUGACGUCUUCAAUGGCUUCCUCAGCGUCAAGUAUCAGAAGUGCCCGUACAUUAUCGGCACGAUGAGCCAGUCCUCAUGUUCUACAACAAACCUUCAGCUACAUCACAACUUCAGGUUUGUGCUGUGUGCCAACCACAUGGAGGUCAAAGGGUUCCUGGGUCGAUUCCUGCGCCGUAAGCUGGUGGAGGCGGAGAUUCGAACCGGCAUCCGCAACAACGACCUGAACCGUGUGGUGGACUGGAUCCCCAAAGUGUGGGCUCACCUCAACAAGGCCCUGGAGUCUCACAGCUCGGCCGACGUCACGAUAGGUCCUCGGCUGUUUAUGUCAUGUCCCAUGGACAUCGGCGGUUCCCAGGUGUGGUUCACUGACCUCUGGAACUACACACUGGUGGAGACUGUGAGGGAGGGGCUACAGGUGUACGGUUGUCGCAGCGCGUGGGAAGACCCCACAGACUGGGUGCUGGAGACGUACCCCUGGCCAAACCGAGGCUCUGGCAACAGCCUCAUGCACAUCCGUGCUGACGACCUGGGCUACGAGCAGCAGACGCCGGGCUCACCCCAGGUGCUCACAGCAAAGACCAAGUCACCCGUCUCAGAGCAGCACAAGGACGGGGACCCGCUGGUCAAUAUGUUGAUGCGUCUGCAAGAGGCGGCGGGCACGUACAACAACGGCAACAACAACGCCAACACCACCACCCCGCUCACCAACAACGACACGGACAGCAUGGACAGUCACAACAGUAUACAAGACUUCUCCUCCAGCUCGGGCGUCGAGUCCAGGCUGUGAAACCUCUCACAAAAACUUGGGGACUACAGAUUCUGUGGUAAAAGUAAAGUUAAGCACCCCUCCACACACCCCUCGCCCACACCAGCACCAUCACCACAUCUUCAGGAGAUCACAGCCAGAUGCUUUCUGUUGGUGACCAUCCCACCACAACAUCUUCAGAAGUUAUGGCAAUCACAGCCAAGAUGUUUUCUGUUGGUCAAAGACAGCCUAACUGUAGCUGCAACCCCGCUGUGACACCCCAAAGUGAUCCUGGAUAUUGUGCAUGAGGUCAAUAACCUCGUACGUGGUGACCCCAGAUGUUUGUGCUCAAGGUCAGGCUGUUCAGAAUGGGAGGGACGGCAACUUUACUUUUACCGAUUUUCUCCUGGAGAGGGACGUUUUCAUAGACUGAACUUGCUGUUGACAUAAUUUUUGUUUUAUUUGUGGAAGUGUUUUGGAAAAUUUCUUCUGAACAUAGACAUCUGUCGGUGCAAUACAGCUUUAUUGAAUUAAAGCUUUUUGCUCUGAUCAUUGACACUUAAAUAUAAGCGGAUGAUUCGAGCAUUUGGAUUAUGUGAGAACGUUUUGUGCAAUAUUCAAGUGCAGGAGAGGCCAAUGACUAGAAAAUGUUUAAAGCGACAGAAAAAGAAAGACAAAUCCUGUGAUCUGAUGUGUACCAAGUGAUUCAUAUAAUAAUUUAUUUAUUGAUGGAAGCAAAAUGCUUAGAGAAAAAUUCUCGUGUUGCGGUUGCGUCUUGAAUUCACUUCAGGUCAAGUCCAGGACAGUUAUUUGUUUUGUUGAAGGCCUUUCUGUGUGUGUGGAUUGUUUCAGAUAUACUGAUUUUAACUUCUGUAGUUUUAGCUGGGGGGAGAGACUUGUCUACCAGCUGUGAAGGCAGUGUGGUGUCUGUCUCUUUAUGUCUAAAAAUUUGACGACAUAAGGUGUUUAUGAUGAAGACUUGUUCCUUUAGUUAUGUACCUACCCAGAACGUUUCCAGAAAUCCUGCUACUUCUAUUUUCUGCCCCCCCCAAACCUCCAACCCCCACCCUCCCCUCCCCCUUCCCCCAACCAAGUGUUUCCAGUCUGUUCCAAUGUGUUUGUUAUACCACUAGCAUGAUGAACAUGGCAGCAAAUCCAAACGGUCUCCCAGGAGAGUGAGGCUCUUCCAUCGUCCAGCUCCCUCAGUGUUGUCGUCAGUGUCAUGUCGUCAGUGUCAUGUUGUCAUAGUCCGCUCUGCUAGCUCUCUCUGUGUGUGCAACACCGCGUCUCAACGUCUGUGUGUGUGUACUACACGGCAUUUCUGCGUCUUUGUGUACCACACUGUGUCUUUGUGUGUGUGCAACACCUUCUCAUUACGUCUGUGUGUGUGUGUGAACAACACAGCAUUACUGCAUCUGUGUAUGUGUUCAACAUUGCAUUUCUGCAUUUAUGUGUGCGUGGGUACAAUACUGCGUCAUUGCAUCUGUGUUAGAAACUGCAACACCAGAUAGGUACCACCAUGCUGUAUGCUCAGAUCUUGUGGGUACUUUACUGUCAAGCUGUGAAUGUAUCUGCACAGUCACCAGCACUCCCUCAGCAGGGAGAGCAAGCAAACAGUCACUUUGAUUUAAAGCUGCAUAUAAAAUAUUGGUCCUUUUAGUACAUCCUAGGAUCUCAUUGGCACUAAGACUUUACUUUUAUGCUAUGAAUGUGCCAGCACAUUCGUAAAAGAGACUGCUGGUGUAAUGUAUUUUGACAUACCGAUACACAGAGGAGUGCUGUAGCUUUACUGUAAAGCUGUCAAUAUAUCACAACCAUUUAUGUGAUCUAGCGCUCGUGCUUCAAACGAUGCUCACUCGUAGUCUCUUCACAGGAUGCUUUGACACUGACCGACAAUGCUUGUGCUAUAAAUAGAUCUUUGCUCUGGACUCACCUUAAUGCUGUGGAUACGCUUGUAGUAUUGCCCAUUACAGAACCUGCUUUGUAAAUAUAUAAAUACACAUACAGCUGUAUUGUAACUAUUCUCUAUCUACCAAAUUCAUUGUGAUGAGAGUAACUUAUCUUACCCCCCCCCCCACUCCAUAUUCUGUUCUAAAAAUAUCACCAAAAAUGAUGUUUCUGCAAAGUAACACAUUUGUUUGAAGAGUCUUUUUUUAUUCUUGUUCUUCUUCGUUCAACCGUUUUCAAGCAUUCACGUUGAUGGAGAUAGAAGCUGAAGGCUUUCAGAAGUCUUGAUGUCGUCUGUACUAGAUCUGAUGUUGUUUAUCCUAACUGAAGAAAAGAAGAUGGCAGACUACAUGUGGCAGGUUUCCUGUUGUGAAACUGUUGUAAUGCAGUGUGCAGUGUCUUUACGACUCGAUUGCUCCACAACUGCUUGGCUCGGUUGCUAUGACGAUAUUUUCUCAACAGUUAAAGGUAUGCUGCUAUUUUUCUCAGAUCAUGAUCCCCCAUUACACAAUUAAUUAUGAUAACAUUUGACAUACUACUACUACUACUACUAUAACCUACUUCUGUAUUCUCGUAGCAAGUGAAGGAGGAAUGACUCCUGUCUGUAACGUCCAUCGCUGAUACUGGGUCCAGUUUGUGUAUAAAAUCUAUAUCUAGAUUAUUCUGUAAGCUACAAAAUCUAUAUUUAGAUUGUUCUGCGAGUGGCGGAUAGUUUUUUUUCCCACCCCCAAUGGGAUUCGACUGAAGCCAGACUUGUGUUCUGUAGAGAGGUGUACUCACCUACCACAUCCGGCAAUGUUUGCUGUUGCUAUGGAGAUGUCGCUAAAGAAGUUCUGACGCGUGUCACUUCCUCUCUGACGCUGUAACCUACGACGCUUGGAUCUGAUCUAUCUACUCAUUAUCAUAGCUUUGAGACAGAUAUUUUAUCCCCGAUGUUUAUCCGUGGUUUCCUCUCUUUCUCUCUCUCGUAUUCUGUACAUAUACUUAUUAUUAUUAUUGUUGUUGUUAUUAUUAUAUCAAAUGUUGUAAAUAGUGAUUGAUUAGACAUGUAAAAUUGUCCUAGUCCUUUUUUUUUCAAAUAAGUGCAAUGUUCCCAGAUAAUUUAAUAAGUUGUACGUAAGCCGUAUGUUUAUUGACAGCAGAUGAGUCUGGUUGAUUGGUAUGUUGGUAUUGUCUGGUUUUACGGGAUUAUCCUAACCUUUUCUGUGCAUUUAUUAUUAUAUUCUAUGGACUUAUUCAUUGAAAGGUUGACCCAUACGUCGCAUAAUUAAUGAGGGACUUCCCACUCAACUCUAGCCUACUUUUCUCUAUUGUCAUUAACGACUGUGCGUUCUCGCAUGCUAAGCAUGCGAACAUCAUAAAUAUUAUAAUCCUGAAUAAAGUAGCCAAUCAUAGAUUGAGAUUGCAGAGCUGUUACGUUGAGAAGCUGGGUUUUCUGUUUUGUGUAUGUAAAUUAUAUAAUGUGUGCUGGUCAAGAACAUUUUUCCCCCCUGUUGUUGAGACAUCCUGUUUGGAAAUGUAUACAUACAUUUAUCUGUUUAUGAAGACUGGCUGCGUGGGUGUUUUGGAUCUGUUGAACUUCUACGUAUAAUGUCAGUAUUUAUUGCUGGCAAGAUAUUUUUAAGCAUUUUACAGUUGCAAUAACAUUCAUGCAUAAUGCAUAUAGGUCUACUUGUUUUCCUAUUCAUUGUUCAAUCCUGAAAUGUCGGCUUGUUAAUUAUGUUCAUUGGUUGACCUGCGUCAAUUGUCUCCCCUGCUGGUUUUCAGAUAUCAAUUGUCUCCCGUGGAUAUUUUCAAACGUUAAUUAUGCCCACGUGUUCGUCAGUGGAUCAGUCAAGGGCAUCUAAAAUCAUUGUUUGUCUUUAUCUGUAGGAAGCAGAAACUGUUAAGGAAGAAAAUCACGAAACAUGUUUUUUGAUCUUCAACAUUGUUUGGUUUUAUUUUCAAGUCUAGUAGGAUGUUCAUUGAAAGAGGAUACCAAAAAACAGAAAUGCACGACAUUUAUUGUUCUGUAAAUUUUCUUCUAACAAGCUCUUAUUGAAUUCUUAAGGUGAAGAAUAUGAAUGAUUCUAUUGUGGGAAGAGGGGAAAACGAAGAAUUAAUUUUGUAUGGAUUGAAUUUUUCUUAAUAAUGAUAUAUGUUUAUAUUUAAGAAUUUCUUGACAUACAAGGAUAAAAACUAGUAUGGUUGGCCGACUGAAAACUCUAGUAGAGACAGGAAAGUAAUUGAAAAGUACCACUUGUCCUGUCGUUGAUUAGAUGCCAGUAAUCGAAAGGCAUGCUCAUAAUAAUAUGACCUUUUGCAGUUGCGAGUGCUGUAAAAUUCUUACUAAACUAAACAGUGAUCAACAUUAUAGGCCUACCAACAGACUCCAAUGUUUUCAGCGGUCAACGCUUUCUUCCUCCUCUCAGUGGAGAGUUGCUCGCUAUGUGCCGAACUGCUCACUUUAUUGAUGAUGUUUGUCUGAUGUAGGGUGCAAGUUGGGAGUCCUGUCAGCGUAUUAUAAUAUUAUAAUGUCUACCGUAGGAGAUCAAGUUCUAUCUCAUGUGCUGAUAUAAAUAUAUUAUGUGUGUUUAUCGUAGAAGCAAAAGGGGAUAAUAAUGAUACUCUUCUAGCCCAAAAAUUCCAUGAAAGGAAAGUUGUACACAAUAUGUAGAAUGAGAGAGAAGAAUGUUUCGUGUCCCGUCUUGUAAAACCUGUUGACCCGUGUCCAGCCACCCCCCCCCCCCCCCACACACCGCUGAGUGUCACCACCUGUCUGUCCAUCCACCACUGACCACCGGUGACUCUGAAAAGACCACCUAUAGCACGGUUAAGAAUUCGUGGCGCAACUUAAUGUGAAAUAUCUCCUUAACUGUCGAACAUAGAUUCUCCAACCUUCGCACAAUGACUAAUAUCAAUUUUGUCUGAACUGAUUUAUAUUUUUUUUCAAACUUCUGCACAUUGUAUUCUAAAAAA